GAUUUGUUGAACAUUGCACAGUGAAUGAUAGCAGGCACAGUGUAAGACUACGAACGCCUUCGUCAAUCUAGUCUGCAGUAUGUCUAAGACUAGAUUGUGUCAAUGCAUGCCCUCAUGUGACCGUGUAAGGGGAACGGUUGAACAGUUGAACUCGUAAAUAAUCUCAAAAGGACGGAUUUCAGCCACACCUAGGUUGAGGGAAAGCGGAGUGACGGAUUGAGGGUAACAGCGAGACCGUCUACGCCGUAUGGCUGGGAAUGUUGGUUCACCGCAGCAACAGCAGCAGCAGCAGCAGCAGCAGCAGCAGCAGCAGCAGCAGCAGCAGCAGCAGCAGCAAGACGGACUAUUCGGAACACAACGUCGAUCCGAUGGCAACACCAGCAGCGCCGUCAACGGCUCGUUCGCCGUCAACGGCGAGACGGCCGGCACUCCCUGGGCCACCUCCCAGGGCCCUGGACACAUCGCCCUCGACCUAUCCGGCGUUAACAGCGACGCUGGGGAGAACGACACGACAGGAGGCGCGGCUCGUUCGCCGGCGACGGUGUCUGAGCUUUCUGCCAGGUCCGAGAUUGAAAAGUCGACCAAGGCGUACUCUAGAACUAGCAGCAGGGAUGCCCGGAAUGGUGGUCCUGGAUCGGCGCCGCGACGACGCGCGGCGCCAAAUGCGCUGCCAAACGCCGCGUCGGGCCGAUGGCGCGGGGCGUGGCGGUCCCGGUCGCCGCAUUCUACCACCAGCGCGCGAUGGGGCUGGUUGCCGGGUCCCCAGACGCGACCCCAAACGCGACCCCAUACGCGUUCCGAAACGGGCGGCGACCGCGGGAGUAGUAGAGGAUCCAACCGCGUUCACGCCUCGAAUCCCGCCGGCCACGGGAAAGGCCGCGUCGGCGGCGGCGGCGGCGGUGGCGGCGGCUGGGGGGGGAGCGGUAGAAGCGGUUCCGCGCGGGAGGACGCGUGGGAUGAGGGGGAAUACGCGCAAGGCGAGGGGAGCUUCUCCGACGGGGGGAGGGUAGCGCAGCCGCCGUCGUCCUCCGCCUCUUCCGCCUCCCGCCGUGGCGCGAUGGCGAAAGGCGCGCCGUGCGCGCGGAGGCGGGGCUGGGCUGUGGAUAGCAGCGUGAGAGGCGGCGGAGAAUCUGGGGGGUGGGUGGGUGGGGGUUUGCUGGAGUGGAGUAGUCGGUCCAAGGUGUCGGCGUCCGUUCUCCGGUCCGUGACGCGCCCGCUUGUGCGACUCGACAAGCGAUGGCGACAGCGCGUGGUGUGGCUGUGGCUUCUGCUGGGCCUCGCGCUGACGGUCGGGGUCUUCGUCAUCUCGGGCGUUAACAGCUUCCACGCGCGCUCCGUCUCCCUGCAGCGCAUCUGCCUCCAACACGCGACCUACUUCGAGAACCAGUUCAACACCACCAGCAGCAGCGCCGCGACGAUCACCGACCUAAUAAGGACGUAUUACCUCGCGGAGGACUCCCAGCAGAGCCUAUUCGACCUCGCGACGUACCAGUCUUUCACGAGCUCGACGCCGUACGCGCGCCCGCUCGCCGCGGUGAUUCUGUACGCGCAUAGAGUGAACGCGACUAUGCGCAGGCUGUUCGAGGCGAACCUCACGCAGCACGCGCUCUCGGACUGCAUCUUCGCGCCGUCCGCCGCGGCGGGUUCCGCGCAGCAUAAGACCUGCUUGCCGUAUGACAGUCCGGGGGAGGGGCAGGGGGGCGCGGCGCAGGGGCAGGGGGAGGGGGAGAGGCAAGGGGAGGGGAAACAAGGUCCUGGGAAGGAGUACGGAGUGGUGAUUCUUUAUUCGAGCAAUCCUGCGCUGCAGCUGGCGGAUACGAUCGUGCUGUCGCCGGGCAUGGACAUCGUCUCCUUCCCCCCUUUCGCCUCGGCUCUGGACCGCACUCUCCGCAAGGGCGUCAUGGGGGCUAUUUCCGAGCCCUUCUUUCCCUACGCCUCCCCCCCUUCCUCGCCUUCCUCGCCUUCCUCCUCCUCCUCCUCCUCCUCGUCCUUCUCUCCCCCUCGCCCCGCCACCCUCGCCACUAUAUCACAGGCAUUCCCUGUCUUCGACCCGGAUUUUAACAUCUCAGCGCUUAACGGCCCCGCCAACCUCUCCUCCGCUCUCGCCUCCCCCUCUUCCUCCCCCUCCGCCUCCUCCCCAUUUUCCGUCCCGCCCUCCCCCGCUUCCCCCAACUCUUCCUCCUCCUCCCCCCCUCGUCCUCCCCCCCCUCUCCCCCCUCCUCCUUCCCCUCGUCUUCCCACUCCCCCCCCUCCUUCCCCUCCCCGUUCUCCCCCUCAUCCUCCCUAUCCUCGGCCUCCCUCUUCGCCUUCUCCCCUUCCCCCUCCGACCCGUCUUGGUUCAGCCAUCUGAUCCGGGGGUGGGUCAUCGUGGCUUACAACUUUACCAUUCUCUCCGAUGGUCCCCUCCCCACCGCCUCACCCAUCUACACCGUUCUCUACAAGCGCACGCCCAAAUCCUCCUCCUCCUCCUCCUCCGCCUCCUCCCCGUCCCCCUCUUCUACUCCCCCCUCGUCCGCUUCCCCCGCUGCCCCCCCUGCUUCUGCCUCUGCGCCUGCGUCCGCUGCACCUCCCUCCCCCUCCUCGUCCGCCCAAUCCCCCAAGACCACUGCCACCACCACCACCGCCGCCGCCGCCGCCGCCACUGCCCCAUCGCCUGUCACGGACGACCCGCCCCCCCCUGCGAGCGACGACCCCUACUCGUACACAUACGAGCCCCUGCACGCGUCCGCGGGGCUGAGCCUGGCGGGCGUGGAUGCCGUGCGCGACUUCCCCCUCUCGCUGCCCAUCUACCUGGGUGAUCCUUCCCAGUCCUUCCAGCUGCACUGCCGGUAGGG